AUGAAGACCAAGAGCCGGCCCCCCCGGCGCCGGGCGCCCCCGCAGAACACAGAGGCCCCCCCGGGGGAGCAGCCCCCCGAGCGGCCCCAGCCGGCCGCCGGGGCGCCGCUGGCCAGGGGCCUGCGGAGCAGGACGGCGCGGGCGCAGGGGGCGCGGGCCGAGGGCGGGCGCCGGCGGCCGGGGCCGGCGGGCCAGGCGGGCCGGCGGGAGAGCAGCGUCCAGCGGCGGCUGGAGAGCAACGAGCGCGAGCGGCAGCGCAUGCACACGCUCAACAACGCCUUCCAGGCGCUGCGCGAGGUCAUCCCCCACGUGCGCGCCGACAAGAAGCUCUCCAAGAUCGAGACCCUCACGCUGGCCAAGAACUACAUCAAGUCGCUGACGGCCACCAUCCUCACCAUGUCCAGCGGCCGCCUGCCUGGCCUGGAGGGGCCCGGCCCCAAGCUUUACCAGCACUACCAGCAGCAGCAGGCGGCGGGGGCCGCCCCGGAGGCCCAGCCCGAGGGCCACCUGCACAAGUACUCCACCCAGAUCCACAGCUUCCGCGAGGGCUCCUAG